AUGGAGGCCGCAGAGCAAAAGGUGUUGACUUUGAAGGGACUCAUCGAAAGCGAAAGGGUGAAAGACAUCCACGAUGGCAUUUCGAUGAUGCUCAUAACGGUGACCUCAACCGCCGAAGGCGUCCACAAUAUCCAAGCAAGACUGGAGGCAACACUAACAGACCUUGAGAGACCUCUCGUUAGGAUUACGGAUCAGGUAUCUGACCUUCAUGGUGCUCUAAAAGAGAGCGAGAGAAACGAGCUUCUAACGUGGGUUUCCCCUAUCCCCGCUCAACAACACUACAGAGAGGCAUUGGCAUCUGUACUAUUUGGCUCGGGCGAGUGGCUCUAUCAAGAACAACGCUUCGUGACCUGGAGGGACUCAAGUAGUUCUGAAACCUUUUGGUUACAUGGCAUACCGGGCUGCGGAAAGACAAAACUUGCUGCGGUCAUAAUCCAACACCUACGUCAACAGAGUGGUGGUGCAUCUCAACCAGCGCCAAUAGCCCAUUUUUUCUGUUCUCGGAACCUUGCAGAGCCGGAACGAACCGACCCCCAAGAUAUAAUCCGAUCAUUGGUAAAGCAGGUUUCUCUAACAAGAGAAGGAAAUGUUUUUCGCGUCCGAAGUCCGCUACUGAAAGCGUAUAAAUCACGACAAGCAGAAGCGAGCCAUACCGGAGAAAGACCGGCACCGCUGACGGUAGAAGAAUGCGUUGAAAUCAUGUGUGAAAUCGGCCGAGCGACUCCGUUUACAAUUGUCAUUGAUGCGUUAGACGAAUGCACCUCUCAGCAGCGACGGAUUCUCCUUCAGGCUCUUGAGGGGAUUCGACAACGGUGUCGGGAUGUUGUCAAGAUUUUCGUUUCAAGUCGAUACGAAGAAGAUAUUGCAGUGUCAUUCAAGAAAGGUGAUAUCUUGGAGGUAACUUCCCAAACAAAUUAUGAAGAUUUGAAGCAAUUCGUCGAAGUCGAGGUCGAAACAUUCGUGAAGAGAUGGUCUACUAUGCAUGGCGAGUCAAUCGCGGUGCUGCAGAAGCUUGGGGAGGACAUAAAGGAGGCACUUAUGACAGGCGCACAAGGAAUGUUUCUCUGGGUGACUCUCCAGCUCGAAAGCAUCAGCGAUACCGAACAUGUCAAGGAUAUUGAAAGUAUUCGCCAAGUCUUGACUUCGCUGCCUCCAACUCUUCGCAAAUCAUACGAGGCUAUCUACAAACGAAUAGAGUCUAUGGGUGAAAGCACGAGAAGGGUGGCAAUUCAAAGCUUUCAGUGGCUCUUGUGUGCGAAAAGAAAGCUCUCAGUUUCCGAAUUUGUGGCUGCUAUGGGCAUGUCCUCGAGCCCGUCAUCUCAUGUAUCAGCACGGUCAAUCCGCGACUACUGCUGCAACCUGGUGAUUAUAGACAACGAAUCAGACACAUUCCGUCUAGCUCACUUGACAGUCCGAGAAUUCCUUGAGACUUUACUUGAGUUCUCUAUCGACGAGUCUAAUGCAACUGUUGCCAAUAGGUGCUUAGGCUUAUACAUAGGGGAUAACUGCGAGUCUGACAUCUUGAGCUACGCUACUUGGUACUGGCCCGCUCAUGUAGAGCAGCUCAGUGGAUCACCUCAAAGAGCAGCGAUCAAGCCAGCACUUCUCGAGUUUUUCACGGAAGAAGAACACUUUGAAGAUUGGCUAGAUGAUCUUGAUGCACUACCGAUUGAGGAAGGUCCUAGUUGGAGUAACAUGCUCCACAGAAAGCUCGCUGCAUCAUUCGCCUCGCCACCAUCCGCAUUGUUUAUGAUUUCUUGCUUUGGCCUUGAAGAAGUACUUGAAUCUUCCGACCUUGCUCGGAUGAUGGAUGUGAAUCAAAGGAAUAAGCAUGAUACUUCGGCCCUAUACAUGUCCGCUCGUUGGGGCCACGUCGCGAUAACCCAGAGACUCCUAGACCUGGGAGCAGCUGUGGAUGCCCCCGGCUCUCAAUAUGGAAGUGCACUGCAGGCAGCAUGUUUUGCUGGACAGGAAGAAAUUGUAAAUCUUUUACUAGAUAAAGGUGCCUCUUUCUUCCCAGACGAAUCUUCCCUAGCUGGAAAGGGGGAGUAUUCGACUCCGCUUCAAGCUGCUUUAGCCAAUGGACAUGAUGGGGUCGCCCAAUUGUUAAUUGAUAGGGGAUGCAAAUUGACCAAAAAGAAACAAUUUGACGAUGCCAUGGAUACUGCAAGUUUCAGGGGCAAUGUCAAUAUUGUGGAACGACUUCUGAGUGGCAAGGCUGGUGUUUUCACACCAAACACUAUGCCCGAUCCGCUCCAGGUUGCUCUCUUUGGGGGCAAAGCACGACAAGCAAAACGCCUAAUACAAGAAUACGGCAAUGGUCGCAUUGAUGAAGAGAUAGGAUACUUUGGAAAUGCCCUCGCCGCCGCUAUUGCCAGCCGAAAGCUCGGUCUCGUACAACUUGUCGUCGAUGCUGGCGCCAACCUUGACACUCGCGGACGUUUUGGCUCUCCCUUGCGGAGUGCCGUUAUAUCUGAUCAUCUCGACAUUGCAAGGUAUCUAUUGAAGAAAGGGGUCAGCCCUAACACCAAAGACGAGAAGCUCGGUGACCCGCUCCAAGCCGCUGCCUCUUUAGGAAAUGUCGAUAUGAUGCUGUUGCUGCUGGAUCAUGGAGCACAUGCGGAUGGAUGCGGUGGCCACUUUGGCAACACGCUACAAGCUGCCUCUUUUAAUGGACAUGAGCAGUGCGUUCGACUCUUGAUUGAGCGUGGCGCUGCAUUAGACCGCAAAUAUCAUCAGAUGCCGGUCCGAUAUCGUGAUACGCUGCAAGCUGCAGUGUAUGCUGGCCAUGAGAAUAUUGUCGAGAUACUCUUCGCGGCUGGGGCAAAGCUUAACCGAAUAAGUUGGGGUAGGGGUGUAAGGCACGGCAUGCAUUCUCGGUCUAAGAGGAUUACACUGCCUGGAUCAAGGACAGCUACGGGAGGACUGGACAUACCGGAAAAGCUGGGGCCGCUUGAGGUCGCUGCUCGAAAAGGCAAUGCCAUUUUGGUUAAGAUGUUACUAGCCAAGGGGGCUCGCAUAGAUGCCAUGGAUGAUGAUUCUAGCUAUGGUAGGUACCACUCGGAAUGUACAUACACUGCAUCGCAGAUCGCGGGUUUCUGGGGACAUCUACCGGUGGUGGAACUUCUCUUAUACCAUGGAGCAGACAUCAAUGUUGUGCGACAAACUCUCGGGACUCCCUUACAAGCGGCUUUGGAGGGAGGUCAUUUCGAUGUCGCUGAGCUGCUGCUGUCCCGGGGGGCAGAAAUCGAUAAGCAUUGGGGCAUGUUUGGGUCAUGCCUCCAGGUUUAUUCGGAGCGAGGACACCUUGAGAUCGUUAAGUUUCUACUGGAUCGAGGAGCAAACAUUGAAGAUUCGGGCGGUGAAAAUGGUAAUGCACUUCAGGUUGCCUGUGAUGCAGGGCAUAUCGACAUUGUUCUGUUCUUGCUUGGCAAGCAUGCGGAUGUGAGGGCAUCUGGAAAGAAUCUAGGAAAUGCACUGCAAGCAGCCUCUGCUAAGGGACACCUCGACAUAGUCAAACUGCUUCUUCGCCGAGGUAUAGAGGUGGAUGAGGCUGACACCGAUUCUGAAACAGCGCUCUGCCUCGCUGCAAACAACGGACACGAGCAGACGGUGCUCUUUCUGCUGCAACAAGAAGCCAGCAUCGAUGGUAAUUCCACUCUUCUUAAAUAUGAUGCCAGUGAAGAACCAGAACCGCCUAGCCAAAUUCCCCGGGCCGGAAUGCUGCAUAAAGCUCUCCCGCACAACAGGCACAAAAGUCCCCGGGAAGAUAUUCUUGCAAUUGCUCUUCAUCUCGCUGCCAGUAGUGGACACGAAUCUACCGUUUCUAUUCUCCUCGAAAAUGGGGCAAACACACAUCAUAAAGGAAAAUUACCCUGUAAGAGAACGGAUGCCUCCGACAGCACACCACUUUUCGCAGCAUGUUUUUGCGGUCAUGCUUCCACUGCCAGACGGCUAUUUCAACACGACCCAUGGAGCUAUAUAUCUCAUAACACGUUUAUGUCUGCCGUGAAGACAAGUCUGGCUCGUGGCAAAAAGGAAAUUGCAACAAUGCUGGUUCAAGAGGCAAUUCUCGCAGGGUUCAAAGCCGAACACUUUGACGGCGCGUUCAGAUACGCCUGUGCAAACGGAUACGCGGAGUUUUUGAAGCAAAUUUUGGAACAUUUCGUUCACGAAAACUUGCCCACCGCCCUUUUGCUGGCAGCAGAAGAAGGCAGAGGCGCCGUUGUUGAGGUUUUGCUGCAAAACGGAGCUGACGUGGAUAUUCCUGACGAGGAUGGCAAUCUAGCAUUGGACUUAGCCAUAAAAGGAAUCAAGAAAAACAGAGCUCCAUCAAACUGGAUCGAAGUCCUUAUGAUCUUGCUUUGUGCAGGGGCUGAUACAGAUGACUUAUCUGGCAAAACCAGGGAGGUUUUCCCGGAUAUUGCAAAGUACGGCAGAGUCGAUAUCCUGAGAACAUUGGAUCACUCCGGAUACAAUAUACUCGACGAUGCUACACUCUAUCCAGAGGCUUUGGUCCAAGCUUCGGCCGACGGCAACAUUGAAAAGAUCAACUACAUGCGUUCCAAGCAUGUCCCUUCAACUAAGAAUAUCAAAGAUGCUGUUCUAGCUGCAAUUAAUUGGCAAAGUGAUCGAACAGAUCGUAUACCGACGAUCAAGACACUCCUGAGUCUCAAAACACCGCUAUUAUUUGAUGGAAAUCAGGAUUUCGAGCCAUUGGUAAUAGCCUCUGAGAAGAAACAUCUCAGCAUCGUGGCCAUCCUACUCCAACACGCUAGACACGGCAGAUCUGUCGUUGAAACAGCCUUCGAAGCAGCUAUACGGAGGAAUAGCGUCGUCUGCAUACGGCUAAUUCUUGAGUCGCAGAGCUGGGAACCUGCUGAACGCCUUGGGCUUUGUUCUCGCUCUAUUCUGAAACAUGGUCCGUGCAUCAAUAAGGAUAUACUUGCGUAUCUGUUUGAUCAAGGGGUAUCCCCAAACACAAGGGAUCCCCAGACUGGUGCAACUCUGUUGUAUAUCGCCGCUACCAAGAGUUUUUACAACGGCGAAGCUGUUCGGAAUUUUGUGGCCCAUGGCGCAGCUCUCGACCUCGAAGGAGGCGAGUAUGGGACAGCGCUACACGGAGCAGCAGUAGCUGGGAACUGGAAGUCAGUGGACUUACUCCUUUCAUCUGGUGCAGAUGUUAAUGCACAGAAUGGGCGUUUUGGUACGCCGCUGAUGGUAGUUAUGUUGCAGACAUGGGAGAAAGAUCGCUGCCGAGUGGAGUCCAAGCUCGAUUUUAUGAUAGAAUGUUUUCAGUGCCAUCGAUGCUGUGCAAGGAAACUGCUAGAUUGGGGUGCGGAUGUCGAUGCCGAAGGUGGAGAGUUUGGUACGGCGCUACGUGCUGCACAGAAGGUUGGAAACAAGCCGGGAAUAAAGAUGCUCCUGGAAGACGAGGAGUCCGAUGGUGAUAACAGCGAGGUUUCCGAGUUCUAG